AUGCGAGGGACAACCGGAGACGUCGAAAUGGCCACACCACCUACGCUUGUGAACAGUAUUGGCCAGCAGAAUCUCUCGAUCGCGAGAAGCAGAUCUCGAUAUCGUCGCAAUCGGCCAGCAUCAAAUGAAAAUCUCGUACCUCCUACUCCCGCGAUCCCGGGUCACGCGCGACCUCGGCUGGAGGUGCGGCGGAAUGAACCACGAGAACGUGAACGGCCCGCAACCAGUCAUUCUGGGACCACACAAAAUGAGGAGGAAGCGCAUACGCGCGAGGUGGAUCGACAAGGUGCGAUGGAAAAAUUGACUGGAGGAGAGAACUCAGCACAAGACAUUCGGCGGCCUCAAGUGUCUGUCCUGUCAAAGCAAGUCGUGCAACAGCCCCGAUCGCAACCUGUGCUGGCGCAUCCCCCACGCAGUAACAACUCAGGAAACGAUGGUAAUCGCAAGUCUUUCUUUCAGAUGGUCAAACUUUCAAGGUCCACCAAGAAAAUGGGGCCCCUUCCGAACUACAUUGGAGUGGGUGGAACCGGAGUGGUCCCAGGAGUUGACGCUCCUGUCAGCGCUGUUAACGCUGGAAAGCGAAAUGCCCUGGUCAAAUAUGGAGAUACCUCCGCGAAUCUCACUGUCAACCCGUCAACGCAAGUCCGGGACAUACUGCUAGAUGCCACCAAGCACUUAUCUCGGGACAUUGAUGCGGAUAGAUUCAUUCUCAUGGAGUCUUACUCUCAAGUUGGCCUAGAACGUCCUCUGCGACGCUAUGAGCAUGUUCGGGAAAUCAUGAACUCCUGGUCACACGAUGCAGACAAUCAGUUCAUCGUGAUUCCCCCCUCUAGUGUGGAUGCUUUAACUCAGCUCGAUGCUGGGCAUGCUCCCAGCGAGCAACCACCCCCAGUGACUGUCCAUAUUUACCAUUCCCAGCGCCGUCGCAAAUGGGAUAAGCGAUAUGUCACCUUGCGUGCUGACGGACAAGUGACAAUCUCAAGAAAAGAGAGCGCCAAGGAACAGACCAAUAUCUGCUAUUUAUCCGAUUAUGACAUCUAUUUCCCUAGCGCUCGAGCGCUUAACAAGGAUAUCAAGCCGCCAAAGAAGCUGUGCUUCGCAAUCAAGAGCCAGCAGAAAUCAUCCAUGUUUCUGUCCACCGAAAACUACUUGCACUUUUUUUCAACCAGCGAUAAGUCUGUUGCAGAUAAAUGGUACCGGGCAGUACAGAAGUGGAGAAGUUGGUAUCUUGUCAACAAAAAAGGAGCAGGCCAAACACCAGAGACCGAGACGCUCGUGAAGCGCGCUGGGACGAAGAAAUCGUCUCAUCAACCGAGAAACGUGCACAACGACGUGCCACUCCUAGAACGGGAGACUUCGACCGAGUCUUCAAAUCGUGAAAGCUCUGACCAACGGAGGCCGACAAGCUCCAAAGACGUCUUUUCCCGGCAGAAACCCCUUCGUGAACACGUCCCCCCACCAUCGUCAUAUCCCCACACCUUGACAAUCGAUACUGAUACCGAAGGGCCUUUCGCCGACACCCAGGCAUUGCUCUCGGGCCUUUCGCCCCAGGAAGUGGAAACCUCUACGUUUGCACCAUCCGGACUCCUAGGCCGAACUUACACCCAGCGACAAAAUGCUAUGCGGGAACGGGAGGAUCGCGAUAAGAAAGCCAAACAGGAGGCCUUUUCAGGCACUGGCUUUAUGAGUGGAGACUCUAUACAGACCCCCGGCCAGGACUCAAAUCCCAACAGCCGGACCAACACAAUGACUCGUGCCCCAGACGCAUCGGCUUUCACUCAAACUCCGUCUCUUAAACAGAAACCUCUGGUUGACCUCACCCCAGUCUAUGCCGAGCCACCACAGCAUAGCCGCAAGGGCAAGGGUCGCGGCGUCCAAGUCCAACCCGGUAUGCAACUGAUUGACGGAGCCACUGGUCCAGAUCAGACCUCGGGAGGAUUCUCCAUCCCACCUGCGACUUCCUGGCGCCGACCGGCCGCAGACACCACACCUCAGCGGCGAAACACCACCCGCAGCGUGGGCCAUCAUUCAAACAAAUACGCGACCCUGGCUUCUGCUGAAGCAAGCUCGGCGAUUUCUGCCGGCAAGUUCACUGCAAACAGCCUGCUGGCACACUCGGCCAGCACUUCUAGUCAUCGGAAUCCGCGCACCGGACAUGGUGUCGCAACGGGUGACCGUAAUGCCACACGGCCGUUGCUGGAUAUGUCUCCGGAGAACCCCUUCGCAGAUGGUAGUCUACUCCGGCAGCUCUAA